GCGGCGGCGGAGACGGUUUCUCCAUCUUCCCCCGGAGUUUCCCCUGCGGUGGUCUGUCUCCUCCCUCCCCGGACCCCGCCGCGGGAAGCCAGUCGGAGGUUUUGGGGUGCCUCCCUGAGCAUGAGUUCAGAAUGAAGCGGCGCUUGGAUGACCAGGACUCACCUGUGUAUGCGUCACAGCAGCGCCGGAUCGCCAGCAGCAGCGACGCCUUCCAACACCAGCACCGGGUUCUCGCCCCCGCACCCCCCGUGUAUGAGGCCGUCUCAGAAACCAUGCAGUCCGCUACGGGGAUCCAGUACUCCGUCACUCCCAGCUACCAGGUGUCAGCUGUACCCCAAGGUUCAGGAAGUCACGGGCCCACCAUCGCAGCGGUUCACAGCGGCCAUCACCACCCAACCCCGGUCCAGCCUCACGGAGGACAGGUGGUUCCAAGCCACGCUCACUCGACCCCACCGGCAGCGCCGGUGCAAGGGCAGCAGCAGUUCCAGAGGCUUAAGGUGGAGGAUGCCCUGUCUUACCUUGACCAGGUGAAGCUACAGUUUGGGAGUCAGCCUCAAGUCUAUAAUGAUUUUUUGGACAUCAUGAAGGAAUUUAAAUCACAAAGCAUCGACACUCCGGGAGUGAUCAGUCGCGUGUCCCAACUGUUCAAGGGGCAUCCCGACUUGAUCAUGGGCUUCAACACCUUCUUGCCCCCUGGCUACAAGAUUGAGGUGCAGACGAACGACAUGGUGAACGUGACGACGCCGGGCCAGGUUCACCAGAUCCCCACCCACGGGCUCCAGCCCCAGCCCCCGGCCCAGCCCCCGCAUCCAUCCCAGCCUCCUCAGCAGUCCACCCCCACCCCAGCCCAACCGGCACCUCAGCCGACACCUGCCAAAGUCAGCAAGCCCUCCCAGCUCCAGGCCCACGCGCCCACCAGCCAGCAGAGUCCCGGGAUCCCACCAUAUGCAUCUCCGCGAUCUCCACCCGUCCAGCCUCACACUCCCGUGACAAUCUCCCUGGGAACGGCCCCGUCCUUGCAGAACAAUCAGCCGGUGGAGUUCAACCAUGCCAUCAACUACGUGAACAAGAUCAAGAACCGGUUUCAGGGCCAGCCGGACAUCUACAAAGCGUUCCUGGAGAUUUUGCACACCUAUCAGAAAGAACAACGGAAUGCCAAGGAAGCAGGAGGAAACUACACCCCAGCGUUGACCGAGCAAGAGGUGUAUGCCCAGGUAGCCCGCCUCUUUAAGAACCAGGAAGAUCUGCUCUCUGAGUUUGGGCAGUUCCUGCCGGAUGCCAACAGCUCAGUGUUACUGAGCAAGACGACGGCGGAGAAAGUUGAGUCCGUGCGCAAUGACCACGGGGGCACAGUGAAGAAGCCGCAGCUGAACAACAAGCAGCAAAGGCCCAACCAGAAUGGCUGUCAGAUCCGUCGCCACUCGGGACCCGGAACGACUCCGCCCGUGAAGAAGAAACCUAAACUACUUGGCUUAAAGGACCAGUCCCUGGCCGAAGCCAGCAAGCACGGCGUGGGGACGGAGUCUCUGUUCUUCGAGAAGGUGCGCAAGGCUCUUCGGAGCUCAGAAGCAUAUGAGAAUUUCCUCCGCUGCCUGGUUAUUUUUAACCAGGAGGUGAUCUCCAGGGCGGAGCUCGUCCAGCUAGUUUCUCCAUUCCUGGGGAAAUUCCCUGAACUGUUCACUUGGUUUAAAAAUUUUCUGGGCUAUAAGGAGUCUGUCCACAUGGAGACGUUUCCCAAGGAAAGGGCCACAGAGGGCAUUGCUAUGGAGAUCGACUACGCCUCCUGUAAAAGGUUGGGGUCCAGCUACCGAGCCUUGCCCAAAAGCUACCAGCAACCCAAGUGCACCGGAAGGACUCCGCUGUGUAAGGAGGUUUUAAAUGAUACCUGGGUCUCCUUCCCUUCCUGGUCUGAGGACUCCACCUUUGUCAGCUCCAAGAAAACACAGUAUGAAGAGCACAUCUACAGAUGCGAAGAUGAGCGCUUCGAGCUCGAUGUGGUCUUAGAGACCAAUCUGGCAACCAUCCGAGUCCUCGAGACAAUCCAGAAGAAACUUUCACGUUUAUCGGCUGAGGAGCAAGCCAAAUUCCGCCUGGACAACACCCUCGGGGGCACGUCGGAGGUGAUCCACCGCAAGGCACUCCAGAGGAUAUAUGCCGACAAAGCUGCCGACAUCAUCGACGGGCUGAGGAAGAAUCCGUCUGUUGCCGUCCCCAUUGUCCUUAAAAGGUUGAAGAUGAAAGAGGAAGAGUGGCGAGAAGCCCAGAGAGGAUUCAACAAGGUCUGGAGGGAGCAGAAUGAGAAGUAUUACCUCAAGUCUCUCGAUCAUCAAGGUAUCAACUUCAAGCAGAACGACACCAAGGUGUUGAGGUCGAAGAGCUUACUCAAUGAGAUUGAGAGCAUCUACGAUGAGCGGCAAGAACAGGCCACGGAGGACAACGCCGGAGUGCCCGCGGGCCCCCACCUGUCUCUGGCCUAUGAAGACAAGCAGAUCCUGGAGGACGCCGCCGCCCUGAUCAUCCACCACGUGAAGAGGCAGACGGGCAUCCAGAAGGAGGACAAGUACAAGAUCAAGCAGAUCAUGCACCACUUCAUCCCGGACCUGCUGUUCGCCCAGCGGGGCGACCUCUCGGACGUGGAGGAGGAAGAGGAGGAGGAAGAGCUGGAUGGAGACGAAGCCACGGGGGCCGCCAAAAAACACAACGGCGUCGGCGGGAGCCCCCCAAAAGCCAAGCUGCUGUUCGGCAGCACGGCCGCCCAGAAGUUCCGGGGCGUGGAGGAAGCGUACAACCUCUUCUACGUCAACAACAACUGGUACAUCUUCAUGCGGCUGCACCAGAUCCUGUGCCUACGACUGCUGCGUAUUUGCUCCCAAGCGGAGCGGCAGAUCGAGGAAGAGAACCGCGAGCGGGAGUGGGAGCGGGAAGUGCUGGGAAUCAAGCGGGACAAGAGUGACAGCCCGGCCAUCCAGCUGCGACUCAAGGAGCCCAUGGACAUGGACGUAGAAGACUAUUACCCGGCCUUCCUGGAGAUGGUCCGGAACCUGCUGGACGGCAACAUGGACUCAUCUCAGUACGAGGACUCGCUGCGGGAAAUGUUCACCAUUCACGCCUACAUCGCCUUCACCAUGGACAAACUGAUCCAGAGUAUCGUCCGGCAGCUCCAGCACAUCGUCAGCGAUGAGAUCUGCGUGCAGGUGACUGACCUCUACUUGUCGGAGAACGGCAACGGAGCCACGGGCGGCCUGCUCAACACUCAGCCGGCGCGGGCCCUCCUGGAGUCCACGUAUCAACGCAAAGCGGAGCAGCUCAUGUCCGACGAGAACUGCUUUAAGCUCGUGUUCAUUCAGAGCCGAGGCCAGGUCCAGCUGACCAUCGAGCUCCUGGACACGGAGGAGGAGAACUCGGAUGACCCCGUGGAAGCAGAGCGGUGGUCAGACUACGUGGAGCGCUAUGUCAACCAGGAUACCACUUCCCCCGAGCUUCGGGAGCAUCUGGCCCAGAAGCCGGUGUUCCUGCCAAGGAAUCUGAGGCGGAUCCGUAAGGUGUCAAAGCGUGGUCGGCGAGGCAGCAAGAGAAGGAAGGGAAGGAGGGGAACAGAAGAAGUCCUUGGAGAACGUGGAGAGCCUUUGGACAAGCUGAAUGUAAAUUCAAGCUAAAUUCU